AUGGACACGCGUGUAUAUUUCCAUGUCGUACUAUCUCUUGGUGCAGUGCUAGCCACUGUUUGUGGCUUUUUCUUCUAUAGCAGAGACAUUUGUGAGGCGGUGGUGUACUGCAAUCAUGAAGAACUCGGUUGUCUGUAUCUCAUAACCGAGGACUUAGCCGAGAGAGAGGACGCGAAAGGCAGUUCGACACAGUUCAGGCUGGAGGCCUUCCGCGAUGUCGAAUGCUUCCAUCUCAAGCGAGCUCUGUACUCGUAUAUCUAUGAGCUUCGAGAUCUGCUGGGGGGUCCACGGCCGAGCUCUGAGUGUCUGCGCUCCAAAACCGUCUCCUCCCCUUCUCCCCAGAGCGCCGGUGGCGGUGGUGCGAUGCGCUCGCCUGAAAGGCAGAGGCGCGAAGUCCCUCCUCCAGAUGCUGAGGAUCCUCCCGCCGCAGAGGCGCACGCGACUCCAACCCCCCAGUAUGGCCUGCACAUCACAAAGAUCUUGGAGGCAGAAACCCUAGACGACCUGAAGACGUACCUGGAGAUCUUCUCGUUCUGUCUGACUUCGUGUCUCACGCCCGGCGACCUUUCCAGCGGUGCGUGCGAACUGUUGGCCUCCGCUCUCCGCCAUUUGGAGACCCAAGAAUCCUUCCUCAACUCUCGCAAGUCGCAGACGAGGCGCGCGACGGGCUCGGGGCGCGCAGCCUUGAGCACGUCGGACGACGAUUCAGAGACAUGGAGCGAUUUUGAUUUCGUUUCAGAAGACGGUGACAGAACCUGCCGAAGUGAGAGCUGCCCAGGGCGGCGAAAUGACGGUCCAGGGCAACCGAUGACGGCGCAACGUUCGCAGAGGCGCCGCCGACUCAACCGGCCGCGAGCAGAUCAGCUUGUAGAGUUGGAUCACGCGAAAACCGUCUGUCUGCGGCAACUGCGGUGGUUGAAGACUGUUGUCCCUACCUGGGCAGCGAGAAGCAAAAGCUAUCAGGCACACCUUUCGCUGGUCCUGCAUGCGACUCGGGUAUCGCAACUGACGAACUACCUCAUCAUUUUCUCGAAUUUGGAACCGGAUCCAGAUGGAAAGUUUCCCGUGACCCUUUCGUCUCUAACGGAGUGUUUGGAGGAGCUUCAUGUCCUUCAACGCGUAAAUCAUUCGCUCUACGGUCCCAGCGCCAGAUGUUGCGGGUCAGCCGACCCGGGGGCAACGGGGGGGCAGGGGCACGGGGCGUCGCCACUGUCUUCCCACGAAAUUUCAAGCAGUCUUGCAUCUUACUUCCAACGGCAGGCUGGCGGGAAGCUGCAUUCAAAGUUCGAGCGGCCUGCUGGUCAGACAGGCGGGCGGAAAGCAGGCAGCCGUCACCUUGGGCAAGGCGCUUCUGCGGUGAAGAGGAAGCUUUUGGCGGCACAACUGGAAGAGGAAAUCGCAAGCAACCUUCAUAAGACUCGGAAUGAGGGCGAUGCUUGGCUGCUGGAGACGCCGGUGUCCAAGGAGACCGGGAGCAGACAGUUUCCUGCUGACGGCGAGGUUGUCACCCCAUCAGCGAAAGCUUCCACUUUGGGCAAUGGAAGAAAAGGUAUGGCUCUGGCGUAUCCGGUCGCAGCGCAAAGUCAGGCGAUUUGUUGUUUCCUUGGAGACUUCUUUUCCAAGCCCCCGAUGCUCGAAGUUAGGUUUGUGGGGUUGUGA